AUGCCAGAAGAACAUGAUCAUCAUUUAGUGUUCUCUGCUUUUGAAAACACACAAAUGACAAAAUCCGAAACUGUACGAUGUGAAAACAUUUGCCUCCAGGCAGGAUUGAACAACCGACCUUUGGUUUACAAGACCAACGCUCUACCACUGAGCUAUAAAGGCAUGGCAAACAAUGAUGAUCAUCAUUCAGUGUUCUCUGAUGACGAAAAAACUCUAAUGCCAAAAUCCCGAACUGUACGAUGUGAAAACAUUUGCUUCCAGGCAAGAUAUAACAAACGAAACUCUGGUUCACAAGACUAA